AUGGUGUCUUUUCAUAGAAGAAUGAAUGCUGACGAUCUGUUUUCUGUUACACACAUCCAGAACGACCCCUUUACCGUCACUUUCAACCCACGAUUCUACAAUACUUACCUUUCCAGAUUUGCAGAGCAAUGCUAUGUCUAUUCCUCAGCAACCGGUGGGAUCAAGGGCUACAUGAUUGCUAAGGACGAAGGAUAUGCCGAAAAGAAUGAGUACCACGUUCACAUUAGUGCAGUGACUGUCGCACCAGAAUAUAGGCGCCAGGGCGUCUCCCGCUCUCUCAUUGACCGCCUCGAAAACGACAUUGGAAGAGCAUUUAACUGCACCUUCUGCGAUCUCUUCGUAAAGGCCACAAAUUCCACCGCAAUCUCCGUCUAUCAGAAUCUGAACUACGUUGUGUACCGGAGGAUCAGGAAGUAUUACGAUAAAGAAGACGGACUCGAUAUGCGACACUCGCUAUUCGCCGAUCCCACACGUGUCAGUGAGCGCACACCAAAGGGCCAGGGGAUCAUAAAUAAAUGGAUAGACUAUCCUUUGUAA